GUGAGCGUUGGUAUUUGUCAUGCGCAUAGCAGUGGGAAAGAAAAGCAAUGUUUAACCAAAAGCGUUGACUUGUAAACAUUGGCUGCCCGGGAUGCGUCUGGCUCAGGCUGGAAUGGAUAUAUAAGGUUAUACUUGAGGUGUGGGCUGAAACUACUUGUUCUUCAUUGCAUGGAUGCGAAGCCAAUGCGCAGGGCCACCAGUGCACGCCAAGACACCACUGGAAUGGACAUCACCAGCCGCUGUACUUUGGGGGACCCUAACAAGCUCCCUGAAGGGGUCCCCCAGCCUGCACGCAUGCCCUAUGUGUCAGACAAACACCCCCGACAGACAUUGGAGGUGAUUAACCUGUUGAGGAAACACCGGGAGCUCUGUGACGUGGUUCUGGUGGUUGGUGCGAAGAAGAUAUACGCCCACAGAGUCAUCCUCUCUGCCUGCAGUCCCUACUUCAGGGCGAUGUUUACUGGAGAGCUUGCAGAGAGCCGCCAGACUGAAGUUGUCAUCCGUGACAUUGAUGAGCGCGCCAUGGAGCUGCUCAUUGACUUUGCUUACACGUCACAGGUAACUGUGGACGAGGGGAAUGUUCAGACAUUGCUGCCAGCAGCCUGCCUGCUUCAGCUGGCGGAGAUCCAAGAAGCCUGUUGUGAAUUCUUAAAGAGGCAGCUGGAUCCAUCCAAUUGUCUUGGAAUCAGGGCCUUCGCAGACACACACUCCUGUCGCGAGCUACUGCGGAUCGCUGACAAGUUCACCCAGCACAAUUUUCAGGAAGUGAUGGAAAGUGAAGAAUUCAUGCUUCUUCCUGCCAAUCAACUGAUCGACAUUAUUUCCAGUGAUGAGCUCAAUGUGCGAAGUGAGGAGCAGGUUUUUAAUGCAGUAAUGGCCUGGGUGAAGUACAGCAUCCAAGAACGCAGACCACAGCUUCCACAGGUCCUGCAGCAUGUUCGCUUGCCGUUGCUCAGCCCCAAGUUUCUUGUCGGCACUGUGGGUUCUGAUCCUCUUAUAAAAAGUGAUGAGGAGUGCCGAGACCUGGUUGAUGAGGCAAAGAACUACCUGCUGCUCCCGCAGGAAAGGCCACUGAUGCAGGGGCCCAGGACGAGACCAAGAAAACCCAUUCGAUGUGGAGAAGUUCUUUUUGCAGUUGGUGGUUGGUGCAGUGGUGAUGCCAUUUCCAGUGUCGAACGCUAUGACCCUCAGACAAAUGAGUGGCGGAUGGUGGCGUCUAUGAGUAAACGGCGAUGUGGGGUUGGUGUCAGUGUCCUGGACGACUUGCUGUAUGCUGUAGGGGGUCAUGAUGGCUCAUCGUACCUUAACUCUGUAGAAAGAUAUGAUCCCAAGACCAACCAGUGGAGCAGCGAUGUGGCUCCCACAAGCACGUGUCGCACCAGUGUGGGAGUGGCUGUCCUCGGCGGUUAUCUGUAUGCAGUAGGAGGGCAGGACGGUGUUUCCUGUCUUAACAUUGUUGAAAGGUAUGAUCCAAAAGAGAAUAAGUGGACUCGUGUCGCUUCAAUGAGCACGAGACGGCUUGGUGUUGCUGUUGCUGUGCUUGGAGGGUUUCUUUAUGCAGUCGGUGGGUCGGAUGGAACCUCACCAUUAAAUACAGUUGAACGUUACAACCCACAAGAAAACCGCUGGCACACUGUGUCGCCCAUGGGCACCAGGAGGAAACACCUCGGCUGUGCAGUGUAUCAAGAUAUGAUUUACUCAGUGGGAGGAAGAGAUGACACCACAGAGCUGAGCAGUGCGGAGCGCUAUAACCCUAGAACUAACCAGUGGUCUCCUGUUGUGGCCAUGACAUCCAGGCGGAGCGGGGUGGGAUUAGCUGUAGUCAAUGGUCAGCUGAUGGCAGUGGGAGGAUUCGAUGGAACGACAUAUUUGAAAACAAUAGAAGUCUACGAUCCCGAUGCCAACACUUGGAGAUUAUACGGGGGAAUGAACUAUCGCCGGUUAGGUGGAGGGGUCGGCGUCAUCAAAAUGACUCACUGUGAAUCGCACAUAUGGUAACGCUACUUUUCUUGGACUCACAAGCCCUUGUCGUCACAUCACAGUGGAUUUUUUUUUGUCUUUUUUUUUUUUUUUUU